AUGGGAUGCACUCGCUACAACCUAAAACUCUCGGAUACCAGGCACAGCCUUACUGCGUGCUUGGCGUGUGCUCUCAGGGAGUUGAGACGGCUCACUGUACUCAUAGACGUGGACCAUCCGCCUUUGAGCGUACACAUUGAAGUUCUCCGCAAGCUCAACUACGAAGCGAGGGCCGCAUUAACACGCCUCCAAGAGGACCAGAACAACGCCAAGAAACCUUGAAAACGAGAUAAGGAAAGACGUGCAAAGAUAGCAGAAGAAAUAAGGCUAUUUGAAGAGAUGUACCGGAGUGGAUCAAGUGAGCGGGAAAUAGAGCAGUUCUGCAGGAAGAUGUCUAGAUACGUCACCGAUAAGGCCUCAUAG